UAUUUGAUAACAACUGUCUUCUUGGAUACAAAAUGUUGCAACAAAUCCUUCGGGACAUGUACGUCGACCCCGAAAUCCUCGCCGAACUGGACGAGGAUCAAAAACAGACUUUAUUCUGCAAAAUGAGGGAAGAGCAAGUAAGGCGCUGGAAAGCAUGGAACGAUAAACUUUGUGACGACACCAUAAAAUCGAACGCAAAAAAUAGCAACAAGAAGUCCGUGGAAUUCAUGAAGGGCUCAGACGGGGAGCCUUGGGUGUGGGUCAUGGGGGAGCACGAAGACGACAAAAGCAUCGAGGAAAUCCUCAGAGAGGAAGCUGCGGAAAAAGCGAGACAACUCGCUGAAAAAGAGACUGAGAAAAUCCGCGAGGAAAUGAGGAAGGAAAUGAAAGCGCAGCUCAUAUCAGACUACGUAGAUUUUUCACCGAAAAUUGAAUUUCCACCCCAGAAGUACGAAAUAGAAACCGAUAUGGAUAUUUAUUGCUCUGUGGAAGAGAUUCAAGCGAAGAUACACUCGAAACCUAGGAACUUGAAUAACUAUAGUUUGAACUACUACCCCGCAAAGAAUAAUAAUAAAUUCAGUUUUAAUGAUGCUGCGAAUAUCCCAGAAGAAGUCACGAACACUCAAAAAGUGGCUCAAAGAGUGGCGCUUUGGGAAAAGAAGUUUUUGAGUGAUAAAACUUGUGAGAUUUUCCAGAAGAUUCAGAAAAAGCAACAAGAGGCGGCGAAAGAGGCUGAAGAAGAAGAGAUAAAGAAGGAUCAACUGUGGAGAGAACAAG